AUGGAUCAAACAGCGGAUCUAGAGGUUUUUCUGUCGUCUAUCGGAGAAGAGGUAGAAGAUGCUGACGAGGAAUCCUUCCUCCUCUUCUCGCGAGACAUCCCCUCCGCAAACCUGGGCUUCGUGGACUCGCGCGCAACCUCCGUCGAGAUCACCAUCCACGACCAAGACUACACCAUCAAUCAAUCCCCGACUCUUCUCUCCUCGUCUCGAGCCGGAGGCACAACAGGCGCAGUCCUCUGGAAAAUCACCCCUCUCUUCGCAGAAUGGAUCUCCGCGUCGCACUCCAACCCACUAUGGAAACACGCCCUGCUCUCCCCCGCCUCUACAGCUGUUGAACUGGGCUGCGGCAUCUCAGGCCUCAUCGCCCUCACCCUCGGCCCCCGAAUCCGCCACUACGUCGCCACAGACCAGGAGUACGUCCACAGACUCCUGCGCGAGAACCUCGCCGCAAACGCCGCAGUCGCGGUAGCAGGCAUAGGCACAGGACCCUCCAACAAACCCAAGACGAAGACAAAGCGGCGCGCCACCGCCGCCGCGGCGCCAUCCAAAUCCAAAUCCGCAAAGGAAAAAGGGAAGCAGCAGGGGCGCGAAACCCCCGGCCCGGAGAACGUCACCUUCGCCGCGCUGGACUGGGAACUCGACGUGCCUGCGUCCUUGAAGGAGAGUAUCGGGCUGGCAAGCGGUACGGGCGAAGGUGACAACAACCGCGCGGGGGUAAAGGAAGAGGAAGAGGAGGAGGAGGAGGUGGUGGUGGACCGGGGCUUCGACGUCGUCCUGUCCUGCGACUGCAUCUACAACGAAGCGCUGGUGGCGCCGUUUGUGCGCACGUGUGCGGAGUUCUGUCGUCUGCGGCCUGUUUACGGGGCGGAUGGGCGGGCGUCGGCGCGGCCGCCGACGGUCUGCGUCAUUGCGCAGCAGCAGCGGUCGCCGGAUGUGUUUGAGGCGUGGUUGCGGGAGACAAUGCGUGUGUUUCGGGUGUGGAGGCUGGGGGAUGAGGUGUUGGGGGAGGGGUUGAAGGCGGGGACGGGGUAUGUGGUGCAUCUCUUGUUGUUGAAGGAUGGUGUGUAG